AUUUAUAAGUAUUUCGGCCAUGAUAGAGCGCCAAAGAUGUAGUCUACGACGAUGAUGAAAUGUCAUCGAUUGGAUUGGAUUGAAAGCUUCAUACCUUCAAUUAAAUUUACAGUAAAAUACCCAAAGCAUUAAAGUUACCGACAAUCUCCAUUCAUUUCAGUCGGUUUUUGCUUUGUGUCUGUUCAUCAUGCCACCGAACAAGAGUAAAAGACCAUGCAGGGAGGAAGGAGAGGAAGUGGAAAAGAAAAACAAGAGGCCAAGACUAGAGCAAGAAGAAGAAGACAUGGACAUAGGUGGAUUAAGAAGUCCGGCAUCAUCCCACAACAAGCCAGCUGAGUUAUUCCGUAAGGAUCUGAUUAGUGCUAUGAAGAUGGCUGACACAGAACAACUAGAUGUGGAGGACUACCUCCUGAUUGCUGACCCGUGGAGACAGGACUGGGAGAAAGGUGUCCAGGUGCCAGUCAACGAAGACAGAGUAAAGGAGGCCUGUAUCAAAGAAGUGAAAGACAAUGAUAAAACAGGCGGAGAUUUUAAAAUACCAAGGAAAUACCUACAUGGUAUGAAAGACGAAACAUUCCAGCAAGGAAUUCAUGAAUUGACGGGCAUGCAGCAGUUAGCAGACCAGGUGAUUCGUUAUGAUUUGGAUGAUCUAGAUGUUUGCUGGUUAAAUCUGGCAAACGAAGUGAGAGAAGAGACUUCAGAAAUAUUGAUUGAUGAAUGGGUGAUGGAACAAGUCAUUGAAGCUCUGGAAACUCAGUGCCAUGAAGUGAUGCAGAUAAAAAUGAAGACAGAGGAAGGACUGGGGAUUGAGUACGAUGAGGACAUUGUUUGUGCUGUGUGUGCUUCGCCAGAAAGUGAAGAAUGUAAUGAGAUGGUUUUCUGUGAUGGCUGUGACAUUUGUGUACAUCAGGCUUGUUAUGGUAUCCAGAAGAUUCCUGAAGGAAGUUGGUUGUGUAGAACAUGUGCCCUGGGCAUCAAACCGACCUGUAUUCUGUGUCCAAAGACAGGGGGUGCCAUGAAAAGUACACGGGCUAGUCGGUGGUCAUUGAUUUGCUGUCUGUGUAAGGAGAGAUGUGGGGCCUGUAUUCAGUGCUCAGUUAAGUCCUGUAAGACAGCGUUUCACGUCAGCUGUGCCUUCCAGAACAACUUGGAGAUGAAAACAAUCCUCACAGAUGAAGUAGCUGAUGAUGGUGGAGUCAAGCUUAAGGCCUAUUGUCCAAGACAUAGCAAGAAGGGAGAGAGAAGGAAUUCCGAGUCAGACUCAGAAUCUCCAAGGAAGAGUAUAGGAGGGUCCCCCAGAAAGGAGCUGUCAGAUGAAGAAAUAGCCAAAAUGAGGGCAGAAAAAAUGCAGCAGCUAAAUGAAGAUUUCUACACCUUUGUGAAUGUUGAGGAAAUUGCAAAGCAAUAUAACCUUGAUGAGAGUGCUGUAGAAAUGAUUUGUGUUUAUUGGAAGCUCAAGAGAAAGGCUCAGUUUGACGUACCUCUGUUGACUCCUAAGAAGGAGGAGGAGGACCUCCUGGAGAAACAACAGGAGGAUUCUCUGGUGGCCAGGAUGAAGAUGUUUGUCCAGCUCAGACAGGAUCUAGAGAGGGUACGUAAUCUCUGUUACAUGGUUAGCAAAAGAGAGAAGAUGAAGAAACAAUUCUACAAAGACAGAGAAGCAGUAUUCAUGGCCAUGAACAAAAUGUUAACGAAUACCAAGUUUAAUUUGGCUCAAAGAGAAGUGAACAAAAUCGUGGACAUGUACCAUUUUGAUAGUAUCUAUGAUACUAAGGUCUUAGAGACUGUGAGGAUUCCUCCUGAAACUGCUGAGGAUGAGGAAGAAGAAGGAAUUGAGGAGGAGGAGAUGAAACCUAAAGUGGAGGAUCUUCUGCUGAUGCCUGCUGAAACAACAGAGGAAGAUCCACAGGAUCAGAAGCAGAGUAAAUCGAAGAAGUCAAACGUCAAGUUACCAGAUAAAUCUCCAAAGUCUCGGAUUAGGCAGAAGAAGACACUACGCAGGAGAAGUCGGAAAGAGAGCGAAGCAUUCAAGGAGAUGUCGGAUGAUGGGGACACGGAAAUGACUGAUGUUGAUUCUCUGUGCAGUGAACCAAGACUGACUGGAGAGUCGAGGUCUUUACGCUCUCAGAAGUCUCCGGGCAGCUCAGUGUGUGAAGUGGAAAUGGCAGUGAACCAGCACAACAAGAGAAUCUCACCAGAGAAAACAAAGCAGAAGGAAUAUGUGGAGGAAAUGAAGCCACAAGUAGAAGUCAGGCAAAGGGCAAGAAGGGAGUCGUUCACAAAAGCAGAAAGGGAAUUACGCAGAGUUACCAGGAUGGAGUCCAGUGAUGAAUUGAGUGUCCCAGAUAUAGUGACAAGUUCAAAGUCAAAUGUGGUGUCUGACAAAGUGAAAGAGGAGGUUAAUGCCUACUUACGAAGCUCAAAACUUGUUAUAUCAGACAAAAUAAAAAACAGAGUCCAUAGGGGCUUGGAAAGGAGCAGGUCACAAAUUGCAAACAUUGCAAGUGGCUAUGUUCAGACAUCUUUGGACACCUUGUUUAAAAAUAGACUAGGUACUAAAUCACCAAUUGCAAAGUGUCCCAGCACUAGAUCACCCACUCCAAAAUCUCCUGUCUCACGUGUUCUCAAUGAGAUCUCACCAUCUCGAACGAGACAUGGUUCUAGCAAUAGCAUUUGUCGAUCUCAACCAAGCUCUCCCAAAGAGACAAAAACCAUUUCUGAGGGCAUCUCAAAUUCGAUGGAAAAAAAUCUCAUUGGCAGUCCAUCAAGAGAAACACGAAGUGUACGCAGGCGUAUCGAUAACGUGUUUGAUGUAUUUCACAUGGACUUUGGUCGAAAGAGCAGCAGAGAAAAUUCACCGGAGAGUUCGGUGCGCAGUUUUAGACAGCUUAGGUCCCUGUCCCCAGCCUCUAUAAACAGUGAGCUGGUGGAUGUGGAAAACCUUUACGAAUCUGAUAAUACUCUAAAGCGAAUUACCAGAAGUCAAGGCCUGGACUCUGCCGAGAAUUCUAGAGACUCGUUUACAAGUUCACGCAGUGGUAAAAUGCAACCACCGCCCCGAAAGGUAAAAUACACCACUGCACUCAAAAACAUCCACUCGGAGCAGGUGAGCAAACUACAAAGCAAAGUACAGCAGGACUGCGAUUUACUGGAUGACAUCAGAAAUUUUAGCAGACAGAGAUCUAUCAUAGAAAAGGAAUAUGGACAGGCUCUGUUGAAACUGACCACAGGUUUAUUAAAGAGAGAAUUCCAAGCCACACCAGAUCUUCAGAAUGAGGAUGGAAUAGAAUCAAAGACUGCAUUAGAAGUAUGGAGGCUGAUCUUGGAAGAGACAGAGAAGCUGGCCAAGGCCAGACUCCAAGUGGCUGAAAUUCUCAUGGAAGGGAUUGCCGAGCCAAUCAAACCUUACCGCAUGGUCAAGCAGCAAAUUCAGAAAAGGCUGAUGCCACAAUUAAAUGUUCUACAAAAUGAGGUUGGACAAACAGUAUUAGAGAUGGCAAAGGCCCAGAAAGAAUACAGUAUGGAGGAAAGUUUGGCCCAUGAUGCCAGAGUCAAAUCAGAAGAACUCACUCAAAAGCUAGCCAAAAGAUCGUCAGGAAUAUUCCAGUCUAAGACAAGUCUACAAAAACAGUGUGCCAAGUUUACAGCAAGACGAGAUGCGUACAAUGCCAAAUCAGUUUUAGCUCGCAAUGACUACCUUCUUCACAUAGCAGCUGCUAAUGCUCACCAGUCUCAUUACUAUAACACAGAUCUCCUACAGCUUAUGAAAGCUCUAGAUGGAGAUAUGUAUGAAAAAAUACUGGAAUACUUUCACACCAUGGGCAAAGCUUUAUUGGAUGUUAGUAGUAUGGAGAAGUCAGCCAGUGAAACCAUUACUAAACAGGCAGAUAUGAUAUGCCGAGAUUUUAAUCAUCAAGUCUUUAUGUACCGUAAUCCAGUUUAUACGGAGCCUGUGCAAUAUGUAUUUCAACCUUGCCAAAAUGAUGAGUGCAAUACUUUAUCAAAAGAGCAUAAUGGGGGCCAUCAGCUGGACAAGGAAGCCAGGAAGUGGGCAACAAAGAUCGCCAAGGAAACACGCUCCUUACGACAAAACAGAAAAACCCUCCAGGCAUUAGAAAACCUGUUAAGGGGGGAUAAGGCUUCUGAUGGAAGCAACACCUCGGAGAUACAGGAACUGGAGAUGAAGAUUGAUGAAAUGAGAGAGGUCAUACGAAAAUCAGAGAUAGGAAAAGCAAAAGCUGAAGCAAGAAUAGCAUUAUUGAGGAAGAAAGUGAAUGUUGACGAGUGGUUGGCGAGUGCCCAGGCUGAGAGUUUGCGGGCUGAAGAGGAGGAACAGUCCCUCAGAUCCAGCCAGGGUUCUGUCUUCACAGACAGCUCAAUAAAAAGUGAUGAAGAGCCAACAUACACAAAUUACGACUAUGACGAUGAUUUUCUUGAUGAUGAACCAAGGAGAGAGAAGAGCAUAGUGAAUUAUGAGAUGGACACCUACAGCAACUUUAAUUAUACUAGUCACUACCCACAACAGUGCAGAGCAAUCUACGAUUUCCAGGGCUCUAAUGUGGAUGAGCUAAAUUUGCGAGAGAAUGAGGAGUUGGAGAUAAUUGCUGACGGUGACGGAGAUGGUUGGCUGAGAGCCAGGAACUCAGAGGGCCUUAUAGGGAUGAUCCCCUCCAACUACAUAGAAAUACUGGGGUCUAGGGGCUCUGUAUCUAGUGGUGGAAAUAUGGAAAUGUCAGGAAAUGGUAGCCAUGUUGACAGUGGUUGCUACAAUGACAGCACACAGGAAGUGAUGUCAUACUCAUCAGGUGACAUGGAAGUUCAACAUACAACCAAUCAAAUGCCAGUGGAUAAUCACAUUCCAUUAGGAGAGGGUUCCUGGGCCAGAGCUAUAUAUGAUUAUGAAGCAUGUUCAGGUGAGGAGUUGUCUUUCAUAACAGGCACUCUGAUCCGAAUUCUUCGUAAGGACGAGAACGGAGUUGAUGAUGGAUUCUGGGAAGGAGAGUUAAAUGGGAGGGUAGGGGUGUUUCCCUCCCUAGUUGUAGAGGAGCUAGGUGUGGAUGGGAAUAAUGGCAUGAUGUCACCAGAGGAGUACCCUCCUCCUCCCAGUUUUGUACCCCCUCCCCCCGUGACCAUUACUGCUGCCACCCCCGAGUCUGAACACCCUCCCUCAAUAAACUCAGGAUACAGUUUAAGGAAAGAUGUAUCAAAUGGAGAUGACCAGGUUGGUCAUAAGAGAGUGCGAUUUCAGGAAAGGACCCUAAAGAAUUACACCCAGCUAAAAUCUCGGCAAUCAGGUCCCAGAUCACAAGAAGAAAUAUGUGUGUUUGAUGCGGAGUUUGGUGAAGAGGGAGAAGAAUCUCUGGUAUGAUGUCAUCAGAGUAUUGAUAGACAUAGGAAUCUCUGGUAUGAUGUCAUCAGACUAUUUAUGGACAUAGGAAUCUCCUUCUCUGCAUUAUAUAUUCCUAUAUUUUAGUGCUAAAUGUAACAUUCUUAGAUACAUGUAUUAGAUUUUGGUUUAUACUGUGUACAACAUGUUUUGUGAAAUUUGCACAAAGGGGAUUGAAAAUUUGAGAGAAUUUUUAAAAGCGUUCAAUAAAGGCCUAAAAGAAAAAUUCAACAUAUAAUCUUUUUACAGUAUAUACAUGUACCUUUUAGUUAUCAUAUUCAAUUGAUUAUAUAAACAUGUAACUUGGUAUAUAAUUUAAUUAAUAUCACAUGUAAUAGAAAUUUAAAAUGGAAUAUGUAUUAAUUUGCACAUAGAUAUUUUGAAAAAAUUAACAAUGGUUUUUGGUGAAUGAAUUACCUAUUACUUAAGUGUAUUGAUUGAGUGUUAAAAGAAUGGAGAAUUAAGGCAAGGAUUUAUACAUUUAUCAGGUAUCCAAUAUUUAUGCAAACAUAAUAUUACACUGAAAUCCAGAAAAGAUAAAAAGAUUGAAUACUGUACAUAGAUACUAUACAAAAUUAUAGAUCUUACUAUGUAAGAACUUAGUUUCCCAUAUUUGUUGUCACACCCCCCUUGAGAAGGUGUUAUUAUGCAUGCAUUAUGCACAUUACCCAUUAUGCAAUAUCAUCAUCUGCACAUUGAAUAUUGUUUAGUGUUGUGAGACAUUUCAAAUCAUAUCCUCGAGAAGUUACAUACAUGUAGGAGUUGUGGUUCUUGAUAUUGUUUUCAACUGAAUAUUGCAUUGUUACUUCUUUUGCAGUCCUCAAAAUAAUUUCAUUCAAAGGUUUUUCCAUUUUUUGAGACUUUAUUAAAUACAAAAAAAAUCAUCAGAAUUAUUACAUAUUAAAAUCCAUGAGAACAUAAGUAAGAAAAAAGGUUUUCCAUUUUCCACAUUUAGUUGUUGUUUUGUAACCCACUGUGCCAAACGUUUCUACAGUAAUCAUGGCUAUCAUUAUACAUGACACAGUUUAUUUUAUAUGUACAUGUACUUCAGUUGUUGCAGUGUUUCAAUUUAAGAAUUUUCAAUAACAAUCUGAUUUAGCUCAUAAUGAAUUAGACCAUUAGUUGAUGAAGCUUUUUUCAGGGGCUUUUAUUGUAAACUUAAGUGAAAUAAUAUGAAAUUGUACAUUUUAUUAUGUUACGGGAACAUUGUUUUCUUGUGGUGCAUUUAUGUGAAUUAAACAAAAAAAUCAGUCAAUUUUUUUCCGUGCCAUACUAUUUUGGGGGUUUGUAAUUGUUUAGAUGAAAGGUCAGGCAGAAAAUACAAAAUUCAUGAAUGUUAUUGUUUUGGAAUCUUUUAAAGACAUUUUCAAAUGUUGGAGGGGUGUCUCUAUACAUUUGUUUCAUUUGCAAUUAUAUAGGUGACUUGCAGGUCUUUUCUGUUAAUGAAUUGCUGUAUUGUUAUUAUUUUUAUAGAUGUUUUUGAUGCAUUCCAACUUUUGAUUAUAAUUUAAUUACUUUUUUUUUAAACAAAGCAAGAAGCUGAGUUUGAUCUGAAUAUUAUCA